AUGUCGUCGUUGAAAAGAUGCUUGAAAGAAGCAAAAAGUUCAAUUGAACAGAAUGAUCCAGAGAGUGCUCUAGAAGCUGUAGAAGAAGCACUUGAAUUUGAUACUGAAAAUUAUUUUGCCUAUAUAUUCCAGGGAAAAUCAUACCAGCUUUUAAAUGACAACGACAAAGCAAUAAAGUCUUUUGAUAAGGCUACUAGCUUAGAACCCGAGAAUUUAUUAGGCUGGAAAGGGUAUUUCCAGGUAGCUAAGGCACAAACUGAUUAUGACCUCUUUUUUCAGGUUUUAACGAAGAUAAUUGAACAACAAAUCAACCAAGGAAUCGGCAUUGGAGAGACAUUAAAAGAUACAAGAAACUACUUAGAGCAUAAUAAAUAUAAAAGCAACCCAGAUUUAUACGAAAAGUAUUUAAGAAAUAUAAUACCUGGAUCAGAAUUGGGGGAUUUAGUGGGAUCAGAAUUAGGCAAGGCCGAAGAUAACUUGAAAAAUUUGAUUGAUCUUUUAAGAAGGAAGGAAAACGAUACAAUCAGCCGUACUUUAUCAAAAGAGAAAAUGAGAUUCCCUCGUGUUCUAACAGUAGAUCAAAAAAACUACUUGAAUAAAGUUACAUGGUCAAUACAUGAAAAGGCUGGUUUAUCACCGAUAUACGAAAUGUUCUUGAAUAUAUGUAAUAAUGAUGAGUUAAGGAAACCAAUUCAGGAGGAGUUUUUGAAAUAUAAGUAUGAGCUACUUAAAGUUGCACCCGAAAAAGGUAGUCUUUUGGAAGGUAUUAAAGACCUUAUGGAAGGCAUGAUUAUCAGCAAAACAACUUCCUUAUUUUGCUGGACUUUAUAUUUAGAUUGGGUUGAUGUACAAGAUUUGAAUCAAUUAGAGAAGGAUAAAAUAAUAUUCUUCUUGAAAAAUUUUCAUAACGAAGGACUAGGAAUGAUGCUAUAUUCAUUUUUGAUGAGUGAUAUAUCUCCAUUCGAUAAGACAGACAUAAUAAAAGAAUUAACUGUCAUAACUAAGAAUAAAAAAUUAAAUGAUAGAAUGAAUAAUGAUAAGCUUGAAGAAGUUGAUGAUGAAGCUGAAGCGAAAUUAUUGGAAAAGGUGCAAGAAUCUGAAGAUAAUGAGACUUUUGAUAAUACUCUAUCACCAGAUCAAGUACUUAAGCUAAUGUUAGAGGGUUAUCAGAGAUGUAAUAAUUCUGUAUUGGCUAACCGUAUAAUAUGCCGUUACUAUAUCUAUUUGCGUGAAUAUGACCAAGGUUCUGAAAAAUGUCGUCAAGCCAUUAAAAUAUUGGCUGACUUGCAAAGAAACCUAGGUGUCAAUCUUGUAAACUCACGAGAAGAUUUACUUUGUUCUUUAGCAAUUAUUUAUACAUAUUAUGAAGCUCCAAAGAAUUACUCGAGGGCUUUACAAUUGUACGACCGUAUAUUGGAAAGUAAUGAAGGUAAUGUGAAUGCAAUUAUCGGAAAAGGGCUAAUUUUGAUUGAAAAGAAUGAACCGGUCAUGGCAAAGGAACUUUUACAAGAUGUUCUUAAACAUCACCCUUCAAAUAACCUGGCACUUAUGGAAUUUGGCUGGUGUGAAAUUAAAUUAGGUAAUUACUUGGAUGGGAGAAAGGCUUUAAUUAAUGCUCUAGAAAAAAUACAAGGUAUGGACUUGAACAGUCGGAAAACUCGAGCACAUGUUCAUUGGAGAAUUGCAAAGGGCUACCUUUUGGAGAAUAAAGAGAGUAAAAAUAUAGAUGAAGCUUACGAUCACUUAAUUAAAUCAUUAAAGGAUUCUCAAAAUCAUGCUCCAUCUUACACCUUACUAGGAAUUCUUUAUAAAGAAUAUUUUAAUGACUUUCCUCGUGCUCAAAAAUGUUUUUACAAAUCUUUUGAGUUGGAUGUAGCUGAGAUUGAAGCGGCGAAGUAUUUGGUCGAGGACCUCACGGCAAAGAAUGACUGGGAUAUUGCUGAAAUUCUUUGUAAGAGGAUUGUUCAAUCAGAAAGAUCAAGAAGGACUUUAUUGAGCAAAACAUACCAAGAUGAGGAUAGAUCAUGGCCGUACAGAGUAUUAGGAUGUUCUGCAUUAAAUAAACAAGAUGAUGCAAAAGCUGUUGAAUGGUUUCAAACCGCUCUUCGUAUGGCCGCUAUGGAUACUCAAUGCUGGCUUGGACUAGGUGAAGCCUAUUAUAAUUGCGGUCGAUUAGAUGCAGCCAGCAAGGUUUUCCGCCAUACUUUGCAAAUUGGAGAAGGUUCCUGGAUCGUCAAAUAUAUGUUAGGUCUCAUAACGUGUGAAAUGGGUGAAUUUGAUGAAGGCCUUCUAUAUUUAGAGGAAGCUUUGAAUGAGAAACCCGAAGAGGAAUGUAUUUUGAAUGCUAUUUAUGAAUCUAUGAUAGAAAAUGCGAACAAAUUGAUUGCCGGUGGGUUUUUUGGAAGAGCUAUGGAAUCUAUUUCUAAGGCAAUUCAUUAUAUUUCAAAAGCUUCAAAAGUAAAUAAGUUGUCGCAAAAUAUGUGGAAAUCGUUGGGACAAUGCUUGAGGGUAUUUUUGGUUAUACAAGGGCGCGCGGUUAUAUUGCCUUUAGACCAAUUGAAAGGUGUGUUCAAAGGUAUUGAUUUAACUUCGAGCACUAAUCAAUUACUACAAGAAUUGGUAUUAAUUGAUGAAGAUGUAAGUCUUGAAAAAGCAGAGAGCUUGUUUAAAUCUGAAGAAUAUACAGAAAGUAUUUCUAUCUUUAUUAUACUAGCUGCAAAGGCUGCAAUUUCCGUUUUACCUGUCAAAGUUGGAAAGUUACUUAUAUCAAUAGUUUACUACAAUUUGGGAUUGGCUUAUUUAGAGAGCUUUAACCUUACUGAUAAAAGUAGUUAUCGAGAAUCAGCUAUCAAAUGCUUUAAAAAAGCCAUUCAAUUAGAAUCGAAUAAUGCAUUGUUCUGGAUUGGAUUGGGUAAUUCAUACGUUUCCUCUAAUCCUCAAGUUUCCCAACAUUGUUUCAUCAAAGCUACAUCAUUAGAAAGUCGAGAUGGUGAUAUAUGGACUAAUUUGGCUGCAUUGUACUUAAGAUAUGGAGACUCAGAACUUGCACAACAAGCAUUUGCAAGAGCGCAGUCUGUGGCACCACAGAAUUCACAGCCAUGGCUAGGAAAUGCGUUGGCUGCGCAAGCAUGCGGAGAAGACGUAAAAGCAUCGAGCUUGUUUACUCAUGCGUACGUUUUAUCAAACGGAAGGUCUCCUUUAGCUCAGUUAUUAUACGGUUUAUCCAUCAUCGAUAAAAGAAUUGGUACAUCAGGAAGCGAUCCAAGAGAUAUCGAAACAGCUCAAGAGUUUAGUAUUGCUAAUUUUGCUAUGAUGAACUACCUUAAAUUCUCUCCAGAAGACGAGACUGGAUUAAAAGUCGCCUUGGUAAUUGCUGAGAGAUGCAAGAAUUAUGAUGCAGCUGUGAAAAUAGGUGAAAAACUCUGUGCUCUCCUAGAAGCAAGGUAUGAGAAAACUGAAAGCCAAGUGGCCUUAAGUGAUUAUGCCAAAGCUAAAAGUCAAGUUUCGAGAAUAUAUUUGGGAUUAUCAGAAUAUGAGAAGGCAUUGGAAAACGCACAAGUUGUGUUAGAUAUUUUUGAAGAUGAAAACGAUGUCAAUGAAGAUCACAGAUCAUCUAUACUUUCAUCAAGAAUUAGUAUCGGAUUGUCGUUUUUCUUAAACGAUCAAUUUGAUGAAGCUCUUGAACAAUUACAGUUAAUUUUGGCUGAUUAUAGCGAUUCUGCUAGGCUCAUUACAUUGACAGCUCAAAUAUUGAAUGCUUUUGGUACUGAAGAUACCAAGCAAGCAGCUUUGGACCAGUUGUUCUCUUAUAUUGAACAACUGGGAGCGUCAUUAAUUGUGAUAUUAACACUUGGUGCUAUUUCGAUAGUCGACAACUUGAAUGAUUACUUCUCUGCGAUCAAGGAUGAAUUAAAAAAUCUUCCAUUAGACGAAUUGACAAAGGAUUCGUUUAAAAUAGUUCCUACAUUACUAUCGGAGAUAAAUUCUAGACUUGAUUCUACGAACCAAGAUCAAAUUUGGCAACGUAAUGCAAUAUUAUUUCCGCUGGAUUACAGUGUUUGGAAGAAUUUGAAUAAUCAAAUGGCCUUAGCUAUUGCUUCAUUAAGAGAAACCAAGAUAAAUGCUGUGGAUUUGUCAAAGUCAUAUAUAAAGAUUGGAGAAUUACGUCAUAUUCAGAGAGGUUUAAUUAUACACCCUGGUAACGAAAUAGGUAGAAAAGCUUUGAAUGGUUGCUUCACGUAA